AUCUUGACUUUCAUUUCUCUCCUGGCUCUCGUGAGGACUCUUCCGCCCUUGUUUGCUGCCCGACAUUCUCUUCUCUCCACAGGUUCAGGAUCACUUGGUUGAUGUCUGAGGGUGUGAGAACAAAUUUAGAGGGCAGAGUUUGGAAGAAUUCUGAAUAUACUGUCAUGGCUCUGGUACAUGAGUAGAAGUGUCAGGAGUCAGACCAGGCAGAAACAGAAUCACAGCAACAAUGGCCUCAUCAGUUCUGGAGAUAAUCAAGGAGGAGGUGACCUGUCCUAUCUGCCUGGACCUCAUGGUGGAACCUGUGAGUACAGAUUGUGGUCACAGCUUUUGCCGAGCCUGCAUCACACUGAACUAUGAAUCCAUCAAAGGCAAAGAAGAAGAGGGCAUCUGCCCUGUGUGUGGAGUUACUUACCUGUUUGGGCAUCUGAGACCUAAUCGGCAUGUGGCCAACAUAGUGGAGAGUCUACUGGGGUUCAAGUCCAACCCAGAGGAGGAGCAGAAGGUCAAUGUCUGUGUACAACAUGGAGAGAAACUUCAGCUCUUCUGUGAGAAGGACAUGGUGGCCAUCUGCUGGCUUUGUGAGAGAUCCAAGGAUCACCGUGGUCACCAAACAGCUCUCAUUGAAGAGGUGGCCCAUAAGUACAAGGAGAAGCUCCAGGCUGCUAUGGAGAUGCAAAUGGCAAACAAGAAAAAAUGUGAUGAAUGGGAAUGUGACCUGCAAAAGGAGAGAACUUUCUGGGAGACCCAAAUACAGAGUGAUGUAGAAAAUGUUCAGAUGGAGUUUAAAAGAUUGCGGGGAUUCUUGGACUCCAAGGAGAAGAAUGAGGUGCAGAAGCUGAUGCAAGAGAAGGAAGACGUUAUGAACAGCCUGGCAGAGUCUCAAAAUGAAGUGAUGAAGCAGAGGGAGGCAGUGAGAGACCUCAUCUCAGAUGUGGAGCAUCAGUUAGACUGCUCAACCAUGGAAAUGCUGCAG